GAUUAGUUCAGUUACUUCAGUUGCUCGUCGCCCGCCGAGCGCUCCGCACGCGAUCGCCUCUCUAGCCUCGGAAACUCGCUCACAUGGACAACUUUGAAAUCGUAGAAUUCAGCUCUUUGAGUGAAACCGUGCAGAGUUUAAUAAGGGAUGCCGUAGAAAUACGAAAAAAGGCCUACUGUCCAUACUCCAACUUCGCCGUGGGCGCCGCCAUCCUCACCGAGCAAGACUCCAAGGUCUACACGGGGUGCAACAUCGAGAACGCAGCCCUAGCUCCGUCCUUAUGCGCGGAGCGGGCAGCCCUCCCCAAAGCCGUGACAGAUGGCUACACGAAUUUCAAGAUGGUCGCCGUGGUAGCUCACCAACAGAACUUCACGGCCCCUUGCGGCGUCUGCAGGCAGUCGCUCAGCGAGUUUGUCUCGACGGACGGUGAUACGGACAUUUUUCUUAGCAAGCCGACUAUGGAUACAGUUUUGUGCACGAAGCUGUCCAAACUACUUCCGCUUUCGUUCGUUAACUAUCAAAAAGACAAUAUAAUCACGUAGUAUCGGUGGUAGGGU